AUGGCAGGCUCUCACCUUCUUUCUCAAUCUCAUUCCCUUCCCAAAACCUAUAACCAAAACCCUUUAUCUCAAAAGCUACUUCUACCUCUCAAAUUCAAAGCCACCCUCAAACCGCGUGCUCUUAGAGCGGUUCUCUCCCAGAACGCAGCUCAAACCGCGGUAGAGGACUCAAAGGUUUCUUUUAAGCACUGUUUCACUAAAUCCGAAGAUGGGUAUCUGUACUGUGAGGGCCUCAAGGUGCAUGACAUCAUGGAAUCUGUUGAGAAAAGGCCUUUCUAUCUUUACAGUAGGCCCCAGAUAACUAGGAAUGUUGAAGCCUAUAAGGAUGCAUUGGAAGGGUUAAACUCUAUAAUUGGUUAUGCCAUUAAGGCCAACAAUAACUUGAAGAUUCUGGAACAUUUGAGACACUUGGGCUGUGGAGCUGUGCUUGUUAGUGGGAAUGAGCUUAGAUUGGCCCUUCGUGCCGGGUUUGAUCCCACAAGGUGUAUCUUUAAUGGGAAUGGUAAAAUCUUGGAGGACUUGGUCUUGGCUGCCCAGGCAGGUGUGUUUGUCAACAUUGAUAGUGAGUUUGACCUGGAAAACAUCGUAGAGGCUGCAAAGAGGGCUGGAAAGAAGGUCAAUGUUUUACUUCGGAUUAAUCCUGAUGUAGAUCCACAGGUCCAUCCUUAUGUUGCCACUGGAAACAAGAACUCUAAAUUUGGCAUUAGAAACGAGAAGCUGCAAUGGUUCUUAGAUGCAGUGAAGGAGCAUUCUAAUGAGCUCAAACUUGUAGGGGCCCACUGCCAUCUUGGUUCAACAAUUACCAAGGUGGACAUUUUCAGGGAUGCAGCCACCAUUAUGAUCAACUACAUUGAUCAAAUUCGAGCUCAGGGUUUUGAAGUUGAUUAUUUAAAUAUUGGAGGAGGACUUGGGAUAGAUUAUUAUCAUUCUGGUGCUAUCCUUCCUUCACCUAGAGAUCUCAUUGACACUGUACGGGAUCUUGUUCUUUCCCGUGGUCUUAAUCUCAUCAUUGAACCAGGGAGAUCACUCAUUGCCAACACAUGUUGUUUAGUUAACCGGGUGACAGGUGUUAAAACUAAUGGUUCUAAAAACUUCAUUGUAAUUGAUGGAAGUAUGGCAGAACUUAUCCGCCCUAGUCUCUAUGAUGCUUACCAGCAUAUAGAGUUGGUUUCGCCUACCCCAUCAAAUGCUGAGAUAGCAACCUUUGAUGUGGUUGGCCCUGUCUGCGAGUCUGCAGAUUUCUUAGGGAAAGGAAGAGAACUUCCUACUCCAGCCAAGGGUACUGGUUUGGUCGUUCACGAUGCUGGUGCUUAUUGCAUGAGCAUGGCAUCAACAUACAAUCUAAAGAUGCGACCUCCUGAGUAUUGGGUCGAAGAUGAUGGAUCAGUGAGCAAAAUAAGGCAUGGAGAGACUUUUGAAGAUCACAUUCGGUUUUUUGAGGGUCUUUGA